AUUACUAUUGGUGUAUAUAGCAAUGAGCCCCAACGUUUGAGAACAUUAUACCACUGACAGCCACCAUGUCACAGAGGAUGGUUCUAUGUUAUGGUGUUGUUUUGCUGCUUUUCAGCAUUUUAACAACAUCACUGUCGGAGGAUUCCUGUAAUGGUCAGACCGGUCCAGCGGGGUUGACUAUAUGUCAACAUGAUACAGACACUGGAAAACUCGGUUGGUUCUCUUGCGUUUCCAAUUCCUACAUCAAGCUGAAGACGAAAGGCAUGGAGCAGUGUACGAUGGGCUAUGACUACUGUCUGUACGGGUGUACCAGUGAAGAAGUGCAGACACAUUUCUGCGAGUGCAGUGCACCGACUGAAUAUACGCCAGCCGAUUCCGCAAUACCCGCGUGGUGUUUUGAUCCCGAUGGUAGAAACUGCAUCUGGUACAGAGAGUGUUUGGAUCAGAAACAUCCAUGUGAGGAUGCAGACAACGGAUACGCUUUGUCAUAUGGGGAACAUUUUUGCUCCCUCUAUACAUCAAACGUUGAGAACUCAAAAUUCAGCCAAAAUGCGGUGGAGUGGAUCGAUGAUGUACGGCGCUGCCUCCAGGUCGCACUGGUUCCGUUAAUCCGACCGUGGCAGACAGUGACUUGUGGAGACAUCAAGCGUGUUGCGUUUGACUCUCACGCUGGGUGUUACACAUCACCCGCACAAGGUGCACCUUCAAUUUGCUCACUUGGAGCCCGGGACUGGCUAGCCAUCUUCUGGACGAUCAAGGGGAGCUUCGUCUCAGCAACGGCAGAAACUCUCAAAGAAAUGGUCCAAGUGGCAGGCAAAUGUUCUUGGGACUAUGGGUCGGAAAUGCUCUCAUCUGCUUCACUUAAAAUCCGAAUCAUCUUUGACUGGUUUGGUGGAAAUGGCGAUGAAAUCGCAAAGGAAGUCGGUGAUAAAAUUGCACUUCUACAUGGUUGGGAUGACCGCACUCUUAUUUGGUUUGCAUAUGUUCCUCCAGGCACUGAUACCACUGAUGGAAUUGAUGUAAUUAUCAUGAUCGCUGAUAAACUCACCCUUGAACUUACGAGUGCUCCCGAUGCCCCCAUUGUCAACCUCACUAUGACAACCCAACACCUUGUCGACAGUGUUAGAGAAGGAGAGUUAACAGAGCUUGAGCUCAACAUGGGUAAUGUCACAAUAUCUUCAUCAAUAUCCAUGUGUGUUAACCCUAGCUGCACAGAUGAUGGAAACUCAUCUCAAGGGCUCCGUAUGAACCCCCUUAACUACUUCUUGUCUGCGAUUACAACACUUGCAGUCAUAAUGAGCCGUGGUACACUGAUCUGAUUCAUUGAAUUGUCAUCUACUUGAGGGUUAAGGCCAAGUCACACUGCAGCGAUUUAUAACGAAAACGAUAACAAUCACGACGCAAAGAGAAUGCAUUCUAUUGGUUGAAAUGCUCCAUGCAGAAUACGCCCAUGCUCAUUCACGAGGGCGUGCAUUACUAACUUUUUUGUUGUCGUUUUCGUUAUCGAGGCCUACAUAUACAUGUGACUGGGCUUUAGUCUUGGUGAGUUGGUGACACCCUUGGGCCUACAUACGUAUGUCAUGACUAUUCCAUCGAUAGAGGGCUGUUUCUGGAAGCCACGAACCCAUUAGAAAGUUGUUUUGAGUGUGAUGUUGUGGUGAAGUUUUUUGCGCGUCGCGGAGUGGGGGAUCCUGAUAGUUGAGUGAUAAUGAACAACAAUGCCUUGCACCAAGACUACUUGGGAAAAAUAAAAAACAACAUCGCAUGCAUAAUUUUAGUCUGAAAGUUACUUACUAUGAAGUUAAUACUACAACCAAUUUUUCUGUGAAAUAUUUCCCUCGAAAAUGAAGUCAUAUAAAAGACAAACUAUAACAGCUGACCAAGUUUUAAAGACAGUGGACACUAUUGGUAAUAUUGUCAAAGACCAGUCCUCCCACUUUGUAUAUCUAAACAUAUGC